CAAAUUAUAAAGCAUUGUUCUUUUGCUUAUUUAAAAUAUCAUAUUUUGGGCAUUCGUGCUAGACGAAAGCAUAAGGGUUAAAUUCGAAUAUUAUCAACAAACACAAAACAAAAAAAGAAAACAACCCGCAACCCCAAUCAGCGUAAAAAAUGUCCCUUCCGGCAAUUUGGUAUUAAACGUGUAACCGUGCGGCAGCAUUAAUAUUUAGCUCUCCAUCACGAUGAAGCAGGUUUUUAUUGGUCAAAUCGUUCACUCCAAAUCGCUCGAUGAGCUCGAGGUUCUGGAGAAUGGUUUCGUUGCGGUAAACGAUUGCAUGAUUGAAGCCGUCGGUGAUCACUCGCAAUUGGAUGGUUCAGCCGUAUCUGAAUACGAACGAAUCGUGCUAUCACCUUCGCAGUUCCUUCUUCCCGGGCUCAUCGAUUGUCACAUCCAUGCCCCGCAAGUGCCCAACAUUGGUCUGGGGCUAGAUAAGCCGCUGCUGGAGUGGCUGGAAUCGUACACCUUUCCGCUGGAAGCGAACUAUCGUGAUGCUGAGUUUGCUUCCCGAGUGUACAAGUACGUGGUGAACAAUACGAUUAGUCAUGGUACAACAACGGCGUGCUAUUUCGCUUCCAUCUUUACGGAAACGAACAAGAUUCUGGUUGACGAGAUGGUGCGCCAAGGGCAGCGCGGUUUCGUUGGAAAAGUCUCCUCUAAUCAAAUGUGUCCGGAUUUCUACGUUGAAUGCAACACGGAAACAUCGGUAGAGGACAAUGUAGACUUCAUACGCUACGUAAUGGAGCGGAAAAGCGAUCUCGUGCAACCGGUGAUAACGCCACGCUUCGCUAUUACAUGUGACGAGCCGCUAAUGCGCGAACUGGGCAAGCUGGCCAAGCAGUACAGCCUGAACGUGCAAACGCAUGUGUCGGAAAAUUUGGGCGAAAUUGAAACGGUGAAGCAGCAGUACCCGAGCGCCCCUCACUACUCGGGUGUGUACGAUGAGGUUGGACUGCUGACGGACCGGACCGUGCUCGCUCACGGUGUCCAUCUGGAGGACGCCGAGCUGAAGGUGCUGGCCGCCCGUGGCACCUCCGUAGCGCACUGUCCCAGCUCCAACACAAACCUUGGAUCGGGUUUUUGUGACGUUCGGCGCCUGCUGGAUGCCCGCGUCAAGGUGGGCCUCGGAACGGACGUGUCCGGUGGAAGCGACAUGAGCAUACUGGCAGCAAUGCGUGCCGCUCUCGGCGUAUCGCAACAUUUGAACUUUAUGAAAACGCAAGACGUCAAAGGGACGGGCAAAUUGGAGCAAUGUGCAGCGCUCAAGAGAGAGAAAUACAUUCCACUGUCUUACAAGCAGGCACUGUUUUUGGCCACACUGGGAGGAGCUCAAGCGCUGGCACUUGACGAGAAGAUCGGAAACUUCCAGAAAGGUAAACAAUUUGACGCCUUAUUAAUCGAUACGGAACCGCAGCCCAUCGGAGGCUACAAACUGCCGGCAAGCUUAACGAAGGACAAAACCAAAGUGCAAUUAUUGUUGGAGUUGGUGCAAAAGUUCGUCUACGUUGGUGACGAUAGGAACAUUGUGAAGGUGUACGUUGCGGGCAAACAAAUUAAAACAUAGGAAAGGUGCCUUUAUUAAUUGCCACGGAAGAUAUUUUAUACCUAUAAACCACUCAACAACGAACAAAUAAAACUCCAUGUGAAUGUGACAAAUGUGGCUUGUGUUGUUUGAGUCUGGUAUUGAGUUCAAUGCGUACGUUUUUAGCGAUGUUUACGUUAUCAAAUUUUGUGUCCAUUCCGACAGAAGGUUAUCAAACGAUGAACAAUGUGAUGAGAGCUGGUGGGAUGGCGUUUGUUAUCUGUUGCUUUUCAUGGGCCGAUGUGAAGCGUGUAAAGCGAAUGUGUGUUAUUGAUAUUUCAGAAAUGCACCUUUUAAGCUUGAGAGAUGAAUUAGAGAAACGUGUGCAAGCACAUAAAACCAAUUCUUGUACAACCGGCAUAUCAGUAAAGACUACUUCGUCUUCUUCAAUAGGCUUAAUACUAGACAUUAUAAAAUUCUUAUCAACGGAGGAUGUGGAGUGAGGGGGAGGGGAUGCGGCUCCAUGAUUGUAGGAGCCGGCACGUCUAUCCACUAUACCAGGGGUCGGUACACUAUUCAAGUAGAGGACUAAAUAGAGAAACAGUCGUUAACCAUAUGGGCCUUGACGUUUUCACACAAAAGCCAAAAAAAAAAUGCUUGUAGAUGAUUUGUUUGUGAGUUUUCCUAUAAGAAUCUGAAAAUGAAAAUGAAAAU